CCAUCUUCCCCUCUCGUUUCCUCAAUAACCAGCUCUCUCAAAAUCGUUUCUUUCUCAUCACUUUCACACUGAGUUUCGAUUUCUCUUGGUGGGAUUUCUGAGUUUUUCUUGUUUUUAAUCUCAACUCAGUCUACAAACUUCAACGAGAGCUGUGAUGACGAUGGAAGGCGCGCUGAUUGAGCGAAGAAGAGAAAGAGUUGAGCAUGUGAACAAGGUUGGAUAUGCUCAUAAACCUAUCAAAAAGAAGAGACGAAAAACCAGAAUUCAAAGAUAUGUAAAGCCUAAGGUCCCUCGGGCGCUGCAAGAAUUGUUUGUUGCUUGUAGAGAUGUGUUCAAAGGCCCCGGCACUGUGCCUGCUCCUUGUGAUGUCAACAAGUUGUGCAAAAUUCUUGAUAAUAUGAAGCCAGAGGAUGUUGGGCUAAGCAAUAGGCUGCAGAAGAUCUUCAAUGCUCAAGAUGCAGUUAAAGUUAAAGGGUCUCCAAUUGUGACGUCCACCACAGUAUACAAGUGUUCGAAUUUUUCGCUAUGCCUCUUCUUUCUUCCUGCAACUGCUGUCAUCCCCUUGCAUAACCAUCCUGAAAUGACUGUGUUCAGCAAACUCCUCCUGGGAACAAUGCACAUCAAAUCCUAUGAUUUGGUUGAUCCUGUGCCCUCCCAUGACUCAAUGCAACAUUCACAACGUAGACUGGCAAGGUUAGUAGCUGACAAAGAUUUCACUUCUCCGUGCGACACUUCUGUAUUGUAUCCAACCACUGGCGGCAACAUCCACGAAUUCACUGCUAUUACAACGUGUGCAGUACUCGAUGUGCUUGGCCCUCCCUAUUCAAAAGAGGAUGGUCGAGACGGCUCACACUACAAGGAGGUUCCAUUCUGUGCAGUUUCAAAUGGAGAAAAUUCAGUGAAAGAAGAGGAGGGUGAGUGUUAUGUAUGGCUGGAAGAGACUGAAGUGCCGGAGAAUUCACAUAUGGAUGAAAUUGAGUAUUUGGGUCCACAGAUUGAUGAUAAAUAGUUCCCGGCUAUCAUAUUUUUCUUCAAAGAAAAUGUUCCCAGCUAUCAUAGUUUCUUCUUCUUCAGAGAAAAUGUUCUUUUGUAUCUAUAUGUAAUACAAGUGAUGUUUUUUUUAUGGCA